AUGGAGGUAUUUAAUUUCGGUAAAUAUAAUGGAAAGACAUUCGAAGAAGUUUUUGAAAAACACAAAUCCUAUGUUACUUGGGUGAAAAGUUUGGAAAGUCCAUCAGGGUCCUUAUUGGAUUUUAAAAAUUAUGUUUUAGAAAAGGAAGGCAAAAAAAAUAAUAAUAAUAUGGGAAAUAAUAACCAUUAUAAUAAUGAAAGGAAUUCAAAUAAUAAUAAUAUGUUUCAAAAUAAUGUUAGAAGUCCUAAUAUAUAUAACGAACAAUAUGCAAAUAAUAAUAAAAUGAAAGAAAAUAAUUAUAGGAAUCCUAAUAUAUAUAAUAAUAAUGAAAUAUGUACAAAUAAUAAUAGAAUAAACGAAAAUAAUGUUAAAAGCCCACAUUAUUAUAAUAAUGAAAAAAAUAUUAAUAAUUAUUCACAUGAAUAUAAUACAAGUAAAAAUGCAUAUAAACAUAAUUAUUCUGAAAAUGGAAAUUCAUACAACAAUUUUGAAAGGAAAAGUGUUGAUAAUAAUUAUAUAAAUGAAGAAAAAAAAAAGUUCCAUAAUAUGAAUAGUAGUGAAUAUAGAAAUUAUGAAGAAAAAGUUAUGAAUGAUAUAAAUAAUGCAUAUAACCAACAAGAAGAAAAAAAAGAAUUUGAUAUUAUUGUUGCUUUUGAAAUAUUUAGUGAUGAUAGUUUUAAAAUUGUUCAAAAAGAUAAUAAUAAUAAAAAAUAUGUAAACUUUAGAAAUUUUAUUUCAAAAGAUCUUUUUAAAAUAAUAUCAGAAUUAAAUCCUACAUUAAAAAAAAUUAAUAAUUAUAGUUGUAUAACAUUUGAAGCAGAAAAAUAUGAAUAUGUUUUAAAUAGUUUAAAAGAAAAAUGUACUAUUUUAGGUGGGGUGCAUACCAUACCAAAUUUUUUAUUAAAAUGUUUUAAAAAUUAUACAAAAUUUUCAGAACCACAAAGAAUAUCAGAAAUUACUGCAAAUAUUUUGACUAAUACUAUGUGUUCAUAUACCAAACAACAUUAUGAUAAAUUAGAUAAUCUGUUAGGAGAAAAAUUAAGUGUUGAAUUAAGAAAUUUUCAAAGAGAAGGUGUAUUUUUUGGCUUAAAAAAAAAUGGAAGAGUUUUAAUAGGUGAUGAAAUGGGUCUAGGUAAAACAUUACAAGCUUUAGCAUUAAUGGCUUUUUAUAAAGAUGAUUGGCCAUUUAUUGUUGUUUGUCCAUCUUCUAUUAGAUUUCAAUGGAAAGAUCAAGCCUUACGAUGGUUAUCACAUUUAAUACGAGAAGAACAUAUAUGUGUCGUUAAGAAUGGAAAAACCGAUAUUCCUUCUAAUACCAAAAUGAUUAUAAUAUCAUAUGAAUUAAUAACUAAAAAUGAUAAAUAUCAAGAUAAAUAUAAAAGUAUUAUUUGUGAUGAAUCACAUUACUUAAAAAAUUCUCUUUCCAAAAGAACAAAAGUUAUAACUCCAAUUAUAAAAAAUGCAAAAAGAUGUGUUUUGCUAUCUGGAACUCCUGCAUUAAACAAACCUUCUGAAUUAUACGAACAAAUAUCAAGUAUUAUGCCCAAUUUUUUUAACUAUCAUGAUUUUUGUGAUAGAUAUUGUUUUAAAGAUAAAAAUUUAUAUACCAAAAAAAUUGAAUAUGUGGGAUGUAAACAUGCAGAUGAAUUACACUUAUUCUUAACUAAUACUAUAAUGAUUAGAAGAUUAAAAAAAGAUGUUUUAAAAGAACUUCCAGAUAAAUUAAGAUCUAAAAUACCUGUAGAAAUACCACAAAAGGAGUUAUCAGAAAUAUUAAAUUACUAUAAAAAAUUAGAAAGUAAAAAAAAUAUUAAUUUUCAUGAUAUUGAUAAUAUACAUCUAUCCAAUUGGAAUAAUUCCAAGUCAGAAGACGGAGAUGAUGAAAAUUUAUCCAUUUCUCAUUUAUUUAAAUUAACAGGUUAUGCCAAAGUCAAAGCUAUUAAAGAAUAUAUAUCCUAUUUAAUUGAUGCAGAUAUUAAAUUCCUAUUAUUUUGUCAUCAUAAGUUAGUAAUGGAUGAAGUCGAAGCAUUUUUGAAGGAACAAAAAUGUAGGUAUAUACGUGUAGACGGUUUAACAGCUAUGGAAAAAAGAGAAAUUUAUAUUAAAAAUUUCCAGAACGAUGAUAAUGUUAAAAUCGCUUUGUUAUCUAUAACUGCUUGUGGUAUGGGUUUAAACUUAACUGCUGCAAAUACAGUAGUAUUUGGAGAACUUUUCUGGGUACCUGGUCAAAUUAUACAAGCAGAAGAUCGUGCACACAGAAUUGGAACAGCUCAUGAUGUAGUUAACAUUCAUUACUUGAUUGCACAAAAUACGAUUGAUGAACUAGUCUGGAAAAUUAUUAACAGAAAAUGGAAUACACUAACAACUGCACUAAAUGGUAUAGAAGAUUCAUUGAAUGUUAAAGAAGUUAAUAAAUUCGAUAAGUUCAUGGUAGAUUUAACUAAUGACCCAAAUAAAUCAUAUCCCACUUCAUUGGUUACUACACCAAAAGUUCGUAGAAAAUCAUCUGAACAUGCUACUUUUCACAAUAGCUCUCCAAAAAAAAAAAAUAGAGAUAUAAGAGACUUUUUUCAAUCUAAUAAAUGUAAUGAAUCUGUAGAAAAAUCUUGGAAGAACAACAUUAAUAAGAGGUCAUACCACGAGAGCCCAACAAAGGAUUCUCCUAGUUCAAGUAUAAAUUUGUCAAGUAAAAAGUACAAAACAGAAAUAAACUAG